CAAAGAUGUGAGGAGAGGAAAGUGAGAGACAGGUGACUUGAACGUGUGUGUGUGGUGAUUGGGUGAGGCUGGGGCGUGGUGCGGUGGCCUGCUGUGUGGUUGGCUGGGUGGCGAGUGGCGAGCAGGGGACAGUUACCCUCCUAGCUACACCAAGGAUGAGCGGAAGCAAGCAGGAGGGUGCGGGCGGCGGGUGCGGGCGAGCGAUGGGUCUGCUGGUGCGAGGCGCUGGGCAGGUGGUGAGGGUGGCUGCUGAGGGCGUGAAGGUGAAGCUGAGAGGAGACAUGGAGGACCUGGCCAUCGUCUCCGCCACCAAGGACCAGGGCGUGUCCGUGGCCGUGGAUGAAGCUGGAGUGAUUGCAACUAUUGGACUGGACAGGGAGGUGGAGGCGGCGUUCCCAGGGGCCAAGUGGAGGGAGGUGGUGGAAGCAAAAGGUGGCGUGGUCAUACCUGGCUUGGUAGAUGCACACACACAUCCCGUCUGGGCAGGAGAUAGAGUCCACGAGUUUGCUAUGAAGCUGGCGGGAGCGACGUACAUGGAGGUGCACAAGGCUGGUGGAGGAAUCAAUUUUACGGUGGAACACACACGUGGAGCCACAGAGGACCAGCUGCUCCACCUGCUUCUGCCUCGCCUCCACCGCAUGGCCCGGGCAGGCACCACCAUGGCGGAGUGUAAGAGUGGCUAUGGCUUGGAUGUGGAGAACGAGAUGAAGAUGCUAAGAGUGUUGGAGAAAGCUCGUCCACUCGCUCCUCUCACCAUCUCGUCCACCUUCUGCGGCGCUCACUCUGUCCCUAAGGGCCUGACAGCGGAGGAAGCGACAAGACUAGUGGUGGAGGAGCAGCUGCCGGCGGUGAAGGCAGCUGUAGACGCCGGAAAGAUGUCGGUGGAUGCGGUGGACGUGUUCUGCGAGCGAGGGGUGUUCUCGGUGGAGCAGAGUCGCGCCAUACUCCAAGCUGGGCGGCGCCUCGGUUUCCUCUUGAACUUUCACGCCGAUGAGCUGAACCCACUAGGCGGAGCUGAGAUGGGGGCGUCACUGGGAGCAGAGGCUAUGAGUCACCUGGAGGAGGUAUCGAAGGAGGGGAUAGCGGCCAUGGCUGAGGCGGGAACAGUGGCGGUUCUUCUACCUACCACUGCUUACAUCCUGCGCCUGCCCACGCCCCCAGCCAGGGACAUGAUAGAGGCUGGGGUCCCUGUUGCCCUAGGAUCUGAUUUCAACCCCAAUGCCUUCUGUCUUUCAAUGCCCCUCGUGAUGCACUUAGCUUGCGUCACCUUCAAGCUUACACUGAACGAGGCGCUCACGGCCGCCACACUGCACGCCGCCCAUGCCCUGAGAAAAGCUGACACGCACGGCUCCCUUCAACCCGGAAAGAUGGCGGACAUGCUGGUUCUGGACGCCCCGAGGUGGGAGCAUCUCGUGUACCAGCUGGGCGGCGCAGAUGACGUCAUCACCCACGUUAUCAAGGCUGGCAGAGUGGUCCACACCAGACCCAACCCCGCAGCUCCCUCCGCCACACCCUAGGCACGCCACACCCUAGAAUGCCUCCACCUCUCCCUGAAAACACCAUCUCUCCUCACUCUCAACACAUUCCAACUCUCUCAUCCCUUACUAGGCUUUUACACUCUGAAAACACUGUAGACCGAGCACACCCUAAGCCCUUACACCCUAGAAUGCCUCCAUCUCUCCCUGAAAACACCAUCUUCUCACUCUAAACACAUUCCAACUCUCCUUUCCCUCACCAGGCCUCCUCUACACCCUACACUACAGGUGUGGCACACGCUAGGCACGCCACACCCUAGAAGGUCUCCACCUCUCCCUGAAAACACGAUCUUCUCACUCUAAACACAUUCCAACUCUCCUUUCCCUCACUAGGCCUCCUCUACAUCCUACACUAUAGGUCUGGCACACCCUAGGCACGCCACAUCCUAGCAUGCCUCCAUCUCGCUCUCAAAACACCAUCUCUCUUCACUCUCAACACACUCCAACUCUCUCUUCCCUCACUAGGCCUCCUCUACACCGUACACUAUAGGUCUGGCACACCCUAGGCACGCCACACCCUAGAAUACUUCCACCUCUCUCUGAAAACACCAUCUUAUCACUUUAAACACAUUCCAACUCACCCUUCCCUCAUUAGGCCUCCUCUACACGGUACACUAAAGGUCUGGCACACCCUAGAAUACUUCCACCUCUCUCUGAAAACACCAUCUUCUCACUCUAAGCACAUUCCAACUCUCUUCUCUCACUAUCCCUACAUUAUCCCUACACUAUCGGCCUCUUCAUCUCACCCUAGAUUUUUUUACCUUCGCCGUCCAUAUUCCUUUCCCUUAUUCUGAAGCCCUUACUGGCCUUCCUUAUCCGCUACGCCUCCUCCGCCACGCCCUCAACACUAAAUGUCUUUCUCCACCUCAGCGUAUACACUACACUCAGUUCUCCCAGUAGUCUUCUUCUACUUUACUGUCUGUCUCUGUCUGUCUGUCUGUCUCUGUCUUUUUAUCUCUGUCUGUCUCUGUCUUUCUGUCUCUGUCUGUGUAUCUCUCUGUCUGUCUCUCUCUUUCUCUUUCUUUCUCUGUCUGUCUCUUUCUCCUGGUUUCCUCUCCCAUCUCUCUUACUGUAUCUCACCCUGAAAAUACUCCAGCUCUCUCUCCACAUCACCCUUGACCUUCUCUCUCCCGUCACCCUUCCUUCAUUACCCUGAACACAUCCUAAGCUUCCCUUCUCUCAUUCUAUAAAAGAUCUGAAAUGCUCAAUCCCCUCCAUUGUUCCUGGUGCUUAUUGGAAAUUGGAAUAAUAUUUUACACUUGCA